CACCGUCGUCGUCGUUGAGGUGAUUUAAACGUGAUUGAAGCAGCAAGAUUGAAGUGUGUCCAAAUUUUACGGGGUUAUCGUGCUGAAGAAAAUUGAAUCAUAUUGAGGUCAAGUGUGGAGUGAUGGCGUUCCGCAGAAUCGCCCGCAUCUGCUGGCAGCAGCAACUUACGAGCACAAGCCAUAGUGUUCCCCGACGCAUUCUAACGGUAGCAUCCGGAAGUGCAAUCGAUAGACGGCGGAUCAGUUCCAGCUCGACGGUUGGGGAAAAGUUGGCCACGGCUACCAAAGCGGUCCAGAAGCACGACUGGAACCGGGCCGUAAGCGAGGCGGAGAAGAUCGUGGGCUACCCGACGUCUUUUCUCAGUCUGCGCUGGCUGCUUAGCGACGAGAUAGCAAAUGUAGCGCUUCAUCUGCGCAAACUGGUUGGCAGCAAUCAUCCGUUGCUGAAAACGGCCAAAACACUGAUUUACAACGACAAGAAUCAGCAAGCCUGGGGACUGAUCGUGCUGUUGGUGUCCAAGGCCGCUGGCCAUGCGGAUUCCAUUCCGGAUAUGGAACAGGACAAAAGUGCCGGAGUGCUGCAUUCCCAACGAGCGCUGGCCGAAGUUACGGAGAUGAUCCGGACGUCGCAUCUGAUCCACCAGGGGAUGAUCAAUUUACAAGCGAUGGACAAUGCUGGCAAUGAUCUGAGCGGAGAUAGUGAAAUGAUAUUCGGUAACAAAAUGGCACUGCUUGGAGGAGAUUACCUGCUGGCGAAUGCCAGUCAACAGAUUGCUUCUUUCAGAAACCAAGAUUUGAACAUGCUCAUUUCGUCGGCCUAUCGAGAUUUGGCUGAAUCCAACUUCAUCGGGGACCGAGAUGAACAGAACUACCCACUUCCAUCCAGACCGGAUUCAGAGGUGGGUGGAAAGUCUUCAGCGGACUGCACCCUGGAAGAGCUCGGUUUCGGGGACCUAGAAGACAACACCCAACCAAUGAGGAUGGAAAAUGCCAUGGGCAAUCCCGAGAAGGAAUGGUCCCUGCGGCACGUGCUUGGCGGGGGAAGCCUUCUCGGAAAGAGCUGUCAGGGUGCACUGAUGUUGGCUGGACAGCCGGAAGAACUGCAAAAACAAGGCUACCUAUUCGGCAGGCAUCUCUCAUUGGCGUGGCAAGCCUGCAUCGAUUUGCAGCCGUUCCUCUCCAGCAGUUUGCCCCUGGGAGCUCAAUUCAGUCUGGUCUCGGCGCCCGUACUUUUUCACCUGGAGUACGAGCCCAGCAUCUACGAAGAGCUGGAAAAAGGCAGCAGUUCGGUUGACGAAAUUGAUUACCGAAAUCUGCACCGGGCCAUCGGAACCGGACCGGGACUGGAACGGACGAAAAACCUCAUGAGGAAGCACAGCCAUGCGGCAAUGCAGGUGCUGGAUCGAUUGCCUCCGUCCGAUGCGCGAACGGCUCUACAGAAUAUCAUUCUGGCCAUGCAGGAGCUGUAAGAGACGGAAACGCAUUCUCGCUGCGUGCGUGCGCGCACGCGCGCGUUUGUGUGUGUGUGUGUGUGUGUGUGUGUGUGUGUGUGUGUGUGUGUGUGUGUGUGUGUGUGUGUGUGUGUGUGUGUGUGUGUGUGUGUGUGUGUGUGUGUGUGAGA